GAGCUCGUCCUUCCCGCCGGAGUCUUCCUCCGUCCCUCCGGGGAGGUCUUCAACGGCACGGUCAAAGCCAGCGUCACCUUCCUGGACCCCAGGGACAUGGCCACGGCCAGUGCUGCCUCCAGUGAUCUCAGCUUUGUCAACCCCGAGGGGGAGAUCGUUCCCCUGAGGACCUACGGCAUGUUUGCCGUGGAUUUUCGGGAAGGGGAGAGCGGCUCGGCGCUGCACACGGGCCGAAGGAAGAGGGAGGAGAGAACCUUCCUGGUGGGGAACCUGGAGAUCCGCGAGAGGCGACUCUUCAACCUGGACGUGCCAGAGGAUCGGCGCUGCUUCGUCAAGGUCAGGGCCUACAGCAAUGAAAAGUUCACCCCCUAUGAGCAGCUGGAAGGGGUGGUCAUCAGCCUCAUCAACCUGGAGCCCCAACCUGGCUACCCCACCAACCCCCGGGCCUGGGGCCGCUUCGACAGUGUGGUCACAGGCCCCAACGGCGCUUGUCUCCCCGCGUUCUGUGACGCGCAACGCCCCGACGCCUACUCGGCCUACGUCACCGCCACGCUGGGCGGGGAGGAGCUGGAAGCUGUGGCCUCCAGCCCCAAGCUCAACCCCAACGCCGUUGGGGUGUCCCAACCCUACCUGGGCAAGCUGGGCUACCGCCGGUUGGACCACGAUGACCCCAACCUGAAGAAGACAGCUUUCCAAAUCAAUGUGGCCAAGCCCGACCCCAACAAUGUUGACGAGACCAACGGGCCGAUCUACUCCUACCGCAGCCUGGAGGAGUGUGAGAAGGCACCAACCAGUGCCAACCAUCUGCGUUUCUACCGCGUGGAGGUGGACAAGUACGAGUACAACGUGGUGCCCUUCAAGGAGAGCGAUCUGACCUCCUGGACCGGCGACUACCUGUCGUGGUGGCCCAACCCUCAGGAGUUCAGGGCUUGUUUCAUCAAGGUGCAGAUCGAGGGGCCGCAGGAGUACAUGGUGAGGUCAAGGAACGUCGGGGGCAGCCACCCCCGUACCCGAGGGCAGCUCUACGGGCUGAGGGACAGUCGGAGCGUGCGGGACAUGACGCUGGAGAACACCUCAGGAGCUUGUGUGGAGUUCAAGUGCAGUGGGAUGCUCUUCGACCAAAGCCUGGUGGAUCGCACCUUGGUGUCCAUCAUCCCUCAGGGAAGCUGUCGUCGCACGGCCAUCAACAGCCUCCUCAGGGAGUACCUGAGCAGACACCCACCCGUGGCAGACAACAACCACACAGGAGCCUUCACCAUGCUGGCACCGGUUGACCCGUUGGGUCACAACUACGGCAUCUACACGGUGACAGACCAGAACCCUCGGCUGGCCAAGGAAAUCGCCAUCGGCCGCUGCUUCGACGGCACC